AUGCUCAUUGGUUUCUUUUUUUUCCUGAUCAAAAAGGCCGAAUUAAGGGUUGGGAGACGGUACGUUGAGAGUCCCGAAGGUCUGGAGCGAGUUCCAAAGUGUACCAAAUCAACUGGGGAAGAUGAAAGUAUACGAAUUCAUCCUAUUGGAUUCCGGAUCGGGGCUGCGAAUGCAAUUGGUGUAUCGAGGACGAUGCCUGCUAUCCAGUGCGAUUACAACCGAUUCCAGCCGAAGUCCUCUUCUGAAAUAAGCUCGAAGACUGCAUCUGUUAAAGACGCUAAUGACGCCCUGUUCACUCAGCUACUUCGAGAGAAGCUGGAACAUUUGCGUCUAGAGGCCAUUCAAAUUUCUGAACCGUCGGGCGCGGUGGGCCAGUCGAAUUUGAAUGACGAUAAAACAGUCAAGGCGGAGGCUGCCGAGAGCACAAACCUACGCAUUGGUUCUGCUUCUUCCGUAUCUUCAUGCAGUUCCACAUCUUCCAGCUCUUCGGCCUCUAAGUCAACCUCCUCUCCCACGGCCUCAUCAACUUCGUCCACUCUCUUCUCGAACGACAAAAGGCUGAUCUCGGAAGAGGAGCAGCCGUCCAAGAGUCUUGCACACUUUUCUGCGUCUUCCACCUCCUUCACCUUUGACCAUGAUCCUGCAGAGCAUACACUACCUACUAAAAGCAAACAAUCACAAUCAUUAUUCCGCGAACCCUUGAUUGUUAGCUUUAACAAACGUUCAGAAAUGAUGAACUCAAGAAAUACUGAAAAAAGAGUUAAGGAACAGAUAAAUAAAUCUGAAAGCUUGAAUGGAGUUCUUGGAACAAUACGCAUAGGAAAACCACUGGAAUGUAGUGAAAUGAUUUCGGCCGUAUGCACGCAAUUGAUAAAGAGAAGAGAUGGCGAAGCAACAGGAAUCAAAAAAGAAGAUGCUCUUUUUAGCAUUUUGGGGUAA